AUGCUCAUUGUGUAUGAGGCACAAGUUUCAAAUUUAUUACCAGCACCGUUGGAGUCCAUUAAAAAUCAAUUUCAAACUGCUAUGAAAUCAUUGACUGAUAUCUCGACAAUCCAUUAUACACUAUGUGGCAUCAAAGAACUUGGCAUUCAACCGAGUGAAAAUCUGUGCAAUGAUAUUAAAAAGAAUAUUGAUAAAGCAAAUAUUGAAUCUAUCUAUCAUGCUAGUGAAGCAGCAAAAACGUUGAAUAAUUGUCAAUUGCCCAUCGAUGAAUUUCGUCCAACAGUCAAAACAACACUACAAGCAGAUAAAACAACGUUGGCCGAUUUAUUUUAUGCAGUAACUUCUAGUCGAAACUUGCAAAUACCGAUGGAUGAAGAACAAAUAGAAAAACGUUUAACAACGUUGACAAAAUCCGACGAUAGUGUACUUGGACAAGCUUAUGUGUUAAUGAUUGCAAGCCAAUUGAAUACUGCAGUCUCUAAAUAUCAUAGUGAUUCCAUCCAUGAUCUUAUCCAACAGGCCGACGAAGUUGAUGGAAAAUCUUUACAAUAUGAAGGUGGUAUUGGAACAACAGCACUGAUAUUCAGUGCUAUGUAUCAGUUAGCCGACAAGGCCGGCGCACCAUUGAAAAUAGAUGAACAACAUUUAUCUAAAUUUGCAUAUUAUUUCUCAACAAAACGACAUGUGGCUACAGUCAGAAGUGCUUAUUAUUUAACUAAAGCAUACAAGUUACUAUCAGAUCCAAGACAUGCUGUACCUGUUGUCGUAUCAAGAAUUAGUCCAGCAUGGAUUAGUCCCGAUAGUCCAUCAGUACUAGUGUCGAUAACAAAUUUAAUGGGUUAUCCAAUUGGUGAAAUGUCUGUCGUUGCCGAAUCAGCUAAACGAAAAGAAGAUGGUGUAAUUGUUAUAUCGAAACAAAAAUUGGUUCCAAAAGCGAGUGAUUUCUCAGUUUAUGAAUUGCCAUUUUAUAACACAAAAAUUCCUCGUGGUCUCUAUACAAUUCAUCUGACAUUGAAUCCCGUUAGAAAUGAAGCAAAAUUAAUUGGUUUAAAUGAUCAUACGAUCGAAGUUAAAGUAACAUCGGAAGCGGUAAUUGAAAAUGCUGAAGUGAAUUUGGUCGAUCGUGAUCAUAGUGGUCAAGUGAAAACAAACAAACUGUCAUAUCCUACUACAUUAACAGAUAAGAUGGAAAUAGAUUAUCAUCAAAAAGUAAUCGUUAAAUUCCAAAUUAAAGAUAAACAAACAAAUGAAUAUAUUCGUACACAACAGUGUUUUUUACGUUUCACAAAUAAGCAAUCCCAAAAAGAAAUCGUGUAUUUAGCUGAAGUCGGAGCUAAUUCGCAAUACAAAGCCGAAGUGACAGAUGCUACCUUGACAUUUCAUGAAGACGCUAUUGGUGAUAUCCCACAUACACGACUCUAUGUACCAAAACCAGAAAUUAGACAUAUGUUCAGACUGGAUGAAAAACGACCACCAACGGUUGUCUCAUUGAUAUUCAGUGGUUUAACAUUGAUGCCACUUCUUAUUCUAUUUGGAUUGUGGUUCAAACUCGGUUUUAAUCUUUCAGCAAUGCCAUUUAAUCUAAAUCCAUUAGCUUUUCACCUUUCUCAUGCAGCAUUUUUUGCUUUAAUGUUUUUUUAUUGGAAAUAUUUGAAUAUGUUUCAAACUAUUCGUUAUCUGGUAUUGUUAUCGAUACCAUUAUUUAUCUUUGGACAUCAAGUCUUGUCAACGUUGGCUGCUAAACGGUAA